AUGGCAAUGACGGGAAUAACGCUCGACGCAAUCAUCCAUGUCCUCGCAAACACAAUUUUCCACCCCCUCCUAACCUGGCUCCUCCCCUUCACCUUCCGCGCCCAAGGCUUCCACUGGCACAUGCCCCCCAUGCGCUACUCCCUCGCUUUCUCCUUCUUCGUCGUCCUCUUCUGGUGGCUGCGUCAGCUCAAUGACUGGAUCUACAACGGCGGGAAGUACAGGAAGGUGAAUUGGUCUGAAGAGAUCGUGGUGAUUACGGGUGGGAGUUCGGGGUUGGGGGGGUGUAUUGCGGCUAUGAUGGCGGGGAAGGGAGUUAAGGCUGUGGUUGUGUUGGAUAUUCGUCCGCCGCCGGAGGAGAUGAUGGAGCAGUGGUCAGACCGGAUCAAAUACUACCCCUGCAACGUCGGCGACCCCUCCGCCGUCUCCCGUACCGCAAUUCAAAUCCAAUCCGAAAUCGGACAUGCAACAAUUUUGAUCAACAACGCAGGCCAAGUCGCCGGCGGAAAAUCCAUCCUGGAGCUCGCACCUUCUGAAGUCCAAUCCGUCCUCUCGACGAACGUGUUGGCACAUUUCUACACUACCCAAGCCUUCCUCCCCGCCAUGCUCAACUCCCCAAACGGCGGGCACAUCGUCACGGUCGCCUCUGCACUGGGUUAUAUCGGCGUCAAGAAAACAAGCGCAUACACAACCUCAAAAGCCGCCCUCCUCGCUUUCCACGAAUCCCUAACCGCUGAGCUCCUUUCGUCCCCAACCAUCAAAACAACCCUCGUCUGUCCCGGCCAAUUCUCCACCGAGCUCUUCAUCGGCGUCGAGACGCCCUCGAAUUUCUUGGCUCCGAUUUUGGGACCAGUCGAUAUUGCAAAGUUGGUUGUUAGGGAUGUAGAGGAGGGAAGGGGAGGAUGGGUUUAUGCGCCGGAGUAUGCGAGGUGGAUGUGUUUCAUGCGGUGUUUGCCGGGUGGGGUGGGACGGGUUGUUAGGUGGGCAAGCGGCGUCGAUAGAGCGAUGGAUGCGUUUGAGAAUGGGGUUUAUGUUGGGCAUGGUGCGGGAGGGGCGAACAAGACGGACUGA